CAUAAUCAACAACGAAGUAAAGUCCUAUGCAGUCGGGGCUUUUUUGACUUAUUUUUUAAGUGCACUUCAAUGAGUUGGCAUCAGCCUGGUCUUGAUGUUAGUGCGGCUCCUUUACAUCAACUUACACCUCAUGGUCUAUUGUCAAAUGAAUAUCUUUCUGGGUUUGAUCAGAGUUCUGGUGGUAUGGAUUCGGAAAACGCACUCUUGACGGAGCAGCGUGCACAGUUGACAGGAAGAGAACUUCAACAACUUCUUAGUGUUGCUCACCAAAGUUUAGAUGAAGCUCAGGAAAGAAAACAGUCAUUAAAUAGUCAUAGAUUAAAGCCUGCUCUAUACAGUGUGUUCUGUGAAAUCAAGGAGAAAACAGCUCUAAGUUUGAGAAACUCAGCUGUUUCUGCUGUAGAAGAUGAAGCUAAUUCACCAGAUCCUCAGCUUUUACGCUUGGAUAAAAUGUUAGUUGCUGAAGGUGUAACAGGACCUGGCGGUAGUCUGAAUAAUGAUCUAAGUGACGGUCCUGGAGACUUGGGUGGGGGACCCGGUGAUUGUAAUCAAAUUGAACAUGCUGAUUAUCGCGCCAAAUUGUCUCAGAUUCGCCAGAUAUAUCAUGCAGAAUUGGAGAAAUAUAAAAAUGCGUGUGAUGAAUUCACAGGACAUGUUAUAAAUUUAUUGCGUGAACAGAGUCGUAGUCGACCUAUAAGUCCAGCAGAAAUUGAACUUAUGGUUGGUAUAAUUCGGAGGAAGUUUCGAGCAAUUGAAACACAGCUGAAACAAAGUACUUGUGAAGCAGUUAUGAUAUUGCGAUCUCGAUUUUUGGACGCUAGACGCAAACGUCGAAAUUUCAGUAAAGAAGCUACUGAAGUACUAAAUGAAUAUUUCUACUCUCAUUUGGCUAAUCCAUAUCCUUCAGAAGAAGCGAAAGAAGAAUUAGCCAAAAAAUGUGGGAUAACUGUUUCACAAGUCUCUAAUUGGUUUGGAAACAAACGUAUUCGGUACAAGAAGAACAUUGUAAAGGCUCAAGAGGAAGCAAAUAUGUAUGCUGCGGCAACAGCCGCGGCAGCAGCUGCUGCUGGAUCUGUGGCAUCUGGAACUGGUGGUCCAACAUCAUCUGAUGAACAUUCUGUUGGAUAUGGUCAUCCCGGCUAUGAAUAUGAUGAUUCUAUGAGCCUUCAAAGACCUGUCCCUCAAAUGUCCUGUCCACCUGAUCAUGACACUUGGAUGGGUGGGGGAGGAGCUGGAGUUCUCGGACCGGGUAGUUUAGAUGAACCCGACUGCAAACGCAGUAAACUUUGAGUACAUCUAUGCGUAUGCGACAAGCUGUCCAAAUAACUUCAUUCACUACAUUUUACAGCUGAUGAAUUCGCCUUGAAGUAACUUAUUUGAUAAGCAUAUAUAUGUAUAUGCAUUCUCUUCAUCUGUUGGUUUAUGUUCCAUAUUUCGUUAGUUCUGUAUUCCUUUAAAACAUGUGUUUUAUAGAGGAAAUAAUACCGGGUUUACGGAGUAAUCCCACGCAAUAUAUACAAGCGGCUAUGUGUAUUGUUAUAGGCUAAAUUGUCUCGGCUUUUUCUUGCCUUUUGUUCUAUUCUUUUUUUCCCGUAUUUUAUUCUUUAGUAUAUUUAUUUAUUAAUGUUCGUAAGUUCUCAGUGGUUAAGGCCUGUAUCGUUUUCGUGGUCCUGUCUUUAUAAUACAAAUAUCAUGUUAAUUGUAUUCCCUUUUUCUCUAUGAUGAUCAAAAUGAAUUCGAUUUUUUUGGACAUUUCACUUGAAACAUUAAAGCCCUAAUAAUACUAUCUUAAUUGAUGUUGUCUCUGUUGUUGUUUUUUAGUCACUUAUCUUUUACUCUCUGGAGGGGAUGUGAAAGUGCAUCAACUUCCCAUUUAUACUUUCGUAUUACAUAUCUUUUGUGUCUUGUGUUUUUAUUCUCUUAUGGUUUAAACGGUUAAUUUCUUGUCUUGAGAAUUUCGCUUCACUUAUUUGCUAACUAUUCUCUCCUAUUCACUUACAUUCUUUUAUACUACAUUUUUUCAUUCUGUAAGAUGUGGGCGUGUAUCUUUUAGGACUGUGUCGUAAGACGAUUUUUUCUCUUUCAAUUUAUUUCAUUUCAAUAAAACAAAUUGUAUUACUUUCUCAGUAUUGUUAAUAUUCUAAAUAGUGGUGAUUCACUAACUAAAUAUUCAGCUCUAAGUUUGAACUUCACUCAUCUACUACGGUUUGUAUGUCCAAUUAGUUUUAAUCGCCUUCACAAACAGUUUAUCAUAAAAGGCACGUAUUGAAACUCAUAAGCGAAUCACAUCAUAAUCUUAAUUAACAGUUAAGAUGUAUAAAAUAAUUAAAAUUUCAUCGACAAUUAAUAUAAAUUGUCCAGCAACUGUAUGCUUCAUUUUAUUAUAAAAACAAAGUCGUUUUAAGCACUGUGAAAACUUUAUUUUCAGAUCGCUGAGUUUCUGUGGUAUUUGACGUCUUGAUACGUGGUUCUGUGUGACUUUUAUUCCACUUUGAUGAGUAUUUUCCCAGCCUCAAUAGCCAUUACCACUAGGGAUUUUACUCAAGCUAAUUAUUUGUUAAUUUCCUCCAUAUUCUUACUUCAUAACAGUGAUGUUAAUGUUAUCAUACAAGAAAUACAUUACAAUAAGGAAAUAUCAUAUCUACUUAGUGCAAGAACAAAUAUGAAAAAUCAUUACUUUUAUUAUUUAUUUAAUUUCAUCUAUACUAAUGAUGGGGGUUUGCACAAGCGUAGACUUUCAGUUUAGCCUUGUGUGUAAUUGUCAGUAUACGAGUUGUAGCAACAACGAAGAAAGAAACAACUUAAUUGUGGAGACAGUCUAACAAUUAAUGUAGAGUAAACUGUUUAAAUAUCAGCAAUGGUUGUUGAACCAGUAACUAGAUUUAAGUUAGUUUUACUGAACAAUUAGUAUCUGAGUUGGGAAUAUUAAGAAAACAAAACAGCUUGCUGAGUGGUAGGCCACUAAGAUCUUAUUAUCAAUGAGAUUCAGAAAUCUUAUUUAUGUGUCAGGAAAGUGAUGCAGGCUUUAUCAAACUCAAGAGUUGUUAAACUAUUGUGGAUUGUGUCGCGAUGUUAAGUAGCUCCGACAGAGCAUCUAUAGUGCGCAAUCAGUUGGUCAGGAAGAUCGUUUUGAGUGUCUUGUUUUCCAAACACAGAAGUAUUUAGUGGAAUGAAAGGAAUCGGAGAAAUAAGAUGUUUUAUCUCCAUAAACAGAGUACUGUGACUAAAUGUAUUUAAAACAUUUUUACAAAUUAAAACUGAUUCUAUUUUAUAUCUUCUCAUUAUUCAAAACAGUAAGCACUUCUGAAAUUACUUUAUAAAUUGUCCAUCAACAGGAUCGCGUUAUCUACAGAUUGCAUGGAUGAUGUAUAAUAACGGUAGUUAGCCAUUUAUUUCAGCUCAGCUAUAUAACUGGGACAAUCUUAAUUAAUUGGGUUGAAUACCAAUAUGUAUCUAUCCUGGCUUCAUGAUAUUUCUCAUUCAUUAUUACACUGGCUUCUCGUGUCUUUUCACCAUUUCUCAGAUUCUUUAUGUUAUGACUUUAUGUCUGGCUUUUAUCACGUGAUUUAUCCACCAAUCAAAAUACGACUUAUAUAGUCUUCGCACUGUGCCAAACCAAUGACGUUCGACCGGUAUGUGCAGUCUAGCGUCCUUAUUGGUCCUAUGUCCGCCUAGCCCGUCCACGCGAGUCCAGAACACCAAAUACCAGCUUCCAAUAUGCGAAUCGAAUCAUUUAUUUCAGACAUACUGGAUUUCUAUAUCAAUCAAACAGAUCGCAACGCACCAUAAAAUAGGAAAUAACAUUUGUACACAAUAAAGCCAAAAAGUGGCUAUGAACGUGGGAGGUAGUAGUCAAUAAACUGAACAUAGCUUAUGAACCGUAAGUCGUACAAUAAUAAAUUACAGGUCAAAAUAAAGCUUAUAAUAAGAGGAAUAUAAAUAUACAUAAUCUAAUUAUUGGAUAGUUAUACCAUAAGAAUGUAUAGAUAAUAUUAGUCAUAAAGAUGUCUCAGAAGUUACUCGUACUUUAAUCUUCACUAAGAUAUAACACUUUACCUAACAAUUACGUUUUAUUUCUACUACUCAAUCAUUCUUGGAAUUCUGUUUCUCAUGUGAUGACAGUUAUUGAAUUUAUUCAGCAUUCUCUUACAACUUGAUCGGUCGAUAUCUACAAAAUUGUUUUUAUACCAUACCAAUUUAUUCAUACAAUUGUACUAUAUUUUCUGGUGGUAUGUGGUUAGUUAAUUCUUUAUUUUAGUCACUGAGGGGAUUUCUAUUACUUGGUGGUUUAUGGUGAAGGAAUAUUUUCUUUUCAAUACUGUUAGCAUUUCACUGAAAGGACCUUUUGAUCACUGAGAAAUUCUCAUCGUAUUAAAACACAAUUAUAUGGAUGAAGAAUAAUUUUUCAUCAGGUUCUAAAAUUAUAAAUUCAAGUUAACAACCCAUAAAACUUAUCCACGCAUCUUACCAUUGUCAUUAUUAUCAUUACACUUGCUAACCUUUUUGAGAAAUUUAUUCAGCAUCCACCCCUAUCUACUAUAUCUAACUUAAUUCAAUGUAUUACGUAAUUUCUGAUUUGUAAUUACAUUAUUCUCUCUCUCACGCCAUGUUAACCAUAUUUUUUUCUGAUCAUUUAUCUCACAAUUUCAUUUCACUUAUAAACUGAUUCAAGUCAACAUUUCAUAUUAGUCAUCCAAACAAUAACGAUUUGAUUUGAUUUCAUAUUACAAAUAGCAAUCCGUGAUUCACUUGUUACAAUUUUAGAUGGUGUACCCUGCCUUAAAUCUGGCCAAUUUUAUGGAUUAUUAGUUUGGAUUGUAGAAGCUGAUGAGAAAUUAUUGAAAAGAAUAUACUUCGUUCAUAUAAUUAUGUUGUGAAAUGACCUUUGUGUUAUCUUCAACAUCACACAUAUCUAAAAAUAUUCUAAUAAUUUCUCUUGGUAGUAAGUGUCACCAAUACCUGUGUGAUUUGUUUUCUUAAUUCAGUUAUAUAAAUCAUUUAGUUGUAAUAAACACCUGCCAUCUGUAUUAUAUGCAUAUGUUUGUUGAUUAUUUCACAUUAUGUUAAUUAAAAUCAAUUUUAUAAGUGAUUGCGUGAAUAAAAGACCACUUUCUUUGUUGUUUAGCAAGAUAUAAAAAACGUAAUUAUGAACAGUUGCAAUUGGUUAGUGCCUUUCCUAUUCCUCAGUUAAUAUAUUAUUUCUCAAUAUUGCAUUUAUUACGAGUACUAUUUAUGAGUUUAACUUUCAUCCAGUUACAUUAUUCUUUUUUUUAAAACCAAACGUAUUGUUUCUAUAUAUCAUCUAACAGUAUAUGAAUCUUACUUUUGAUUAGUUAUAUAGGGUUGUCGGAAAUAUUUUACUUGGGUAACGUUGAGUAAAGUUACUAGUCACAUGGCUGACAAAUUUAUCUAUUUUCUGUUCUAUAUUUAUACUGAUGGGCACUAUAUUUCAUGGAUACCAUUUUACUUUAAAUGUACUGUUUGAUUCUGACCACAGCUUAUAAAAGACUAAAAAGGUUAGAAAGAACGAUGUAUUCAACCAUAUACAGAGAUAGAUAGACCCAAAACUACUAAUCCGGUGUAGUGGAAGUGUAUGACAUUGGAUGUACCGGAACGUGGAAAAGAUACUUUACUGAGGGCCUUGAGUAGGUAGUGUUUACUAAAACUAUGUAUCAAUAUCAGUUAGGUACAUGUCUAUAUAUUUUGGGAGUUUUUCGUUUGCAAUGCUUGUUUAUAUAUAUAUAUAUAUAUAUAGGAUCCAUUGAUACAAUGUAUACCAUUUGUCUCCUUAAUCCUUUUGCGAUCAACUACUAUUUAUUCUUUGGUAGUCUUUGAUUCUAAUUAAUAGACAGUAUUGAAAAUACUCAUGUAUAUACAAAAUAGAUUUUUAAAAAUAUUUAGUAUUCGUUUGGUGUUUUGGUUUCAUGAUAAGUUGUGUGUUUAUACUUCAUGUAUAAUCCCUCUAUAGGCGUCGUCGUAGCUUGAUGACUGGAUAAUUGUCGAGAACAAUGCUCGUUGGACAACUAUUUCAUCAUGAAGUGUCGUAAUUUGGAAGUGAUCAAAUAUUCGUAUUAACAUACUGAAUGGGCGAUAAUCAGUUAGUUUAAUCGGGACUUGAGUUUAAAUAAUAUUGAAUAUGUAUCAAGACGAAUGGUCCACUGAGAUAGACAUCCAAAGAGAUAAGUAUUUAAUCCCAGUCAGCGUAUAGGUCGAGUUGAAAACAUCUUUAUCUCAAAAGACUGAUCAUCGUAUAGUGAGUUGCUUUUUGUCAAAUUUCGUCAGGGUUGCCAAUGACUGACGCUGACCGGCAAACUAGCGAAAAUCUUCCAGCAGU